AUGGCUACACAAACAGUAUUCCUUAGUCUUGUUUUCCUUGCCCUAAUAUCUAGUUCUUGGUGUAUUCCACAUGACUCGAAGAAUAUUGUAUUCUAUAUGCACGACACUGUGAGUAAGCCCAACCCAACAGCCAUUAUAGUUUCAGGAGUAAAUGGAACGUCCUCAAAUCUGUUAGGGUUUGGAACGGUGUUGGUUAUAGAUGACCUUCUGACUGAAAAGCCCCAUAGAUCCUCCAACAUUGUGGGAAAGGCUAAGGGACUUUAUUCCAAUUCAGAUGUGGAGGGUGGCUCUAUUUUCAUGGCUUUCUCUCUUGUGUUUGAGAAUAAGAGAUAUAAUGGCAGCACACUUGAAUUUCAAGGCACCGAUCGCUUCUUCCAGACCUCUCCAAGAGAGAUAACUGUGGUUGGAGGGACUGGACAAUUUAGAUAUGCUCGUGGGUAUGCCAUAAUUAGCAUUCAAGGCAUCGAUGGAUUAGAUGGUAUUAUCAAAUUCAAUACCACCAUUUGUGUUGGCUAA